GAUUGCAUCCCUCUGUGACAACGAAAGGAUAUUCUGACAAUGCAGACUAAUUAAUUCAACUCUCUACAAGUUUUUUGGGGGCCUGCAAGGAGGGAUGCCCAAAUUCCAUCUUAUUUAAUAGACUUAUUUUCUGAAGCAUCACGGCAUAAGGAAUCAUCAUGGUUGAUCUAUCUUUGAAAUGCAUUUGGUGGGUUUUGGUAUUGUUGUUGACCAGAUAUUGUUUCAUAGAUGCAGAUUCUGAAACUCACAAGGAUUAUUUACCAAAUGGAUAUACAACUUUUUUGGACGCCAGUGAAGUUUUAAAUCACUCGUUGGUUCCUAGUGUGUCUGGAGAAGGGAAAACGGCUCUUUCUAGACGGAAAAGAGAUCUUUUGUUUCCCAGUGGAGUUAAACUUUGCUCACAUGAGACAGUGCAACAAGCAAUACAGAAUCAUCUCAACUACUUUCACCUGCGAGUGUGCCAGGAAACAAUUUGGGAGGCUUUCAAAAUCUUCUGGGAUCGCUUACCUGAGAAAGAAGAGUACCAGAUCUGGAUGAGGAAAUGUCAAAACAGUAGUGUUAGCGUGUUUGACAUUGGCAGAAGCUUUAGCCAGUCACCUGAGCACCUUGCUCUGAUUUCAAGUAGGGUAGGAGCAACUUCAGUGACUUCAACAAGUGCACCCACCAGUCCAUGGCAACCUGAAUGCAGACAUCAGACAACGACUACUGAGCCAACACAAGCAAAUGUGGCCACAACCCAACAAGUCAGCAUUCUGGUUCCUGAGGGAGUACCAGAUUCACAGGACAUCACACAACAGACCAUUGCAGACCAAAUCUUAACCACCACUAUAGCUGCAGAGCUUCAGAUGACACGUGGAAUCACUCCAGAGCCUGAUCUUAUCACAGCCUUUGAGGAUUCGGCAGGGAUGAGCACUAGCUCACCUACAGAACUCACAAAUGUGGCCACUGGAAAACCUAUUUCAAAACUGGAGGUCGAACUGGAUGCUACUGAGCAUCCUGUCGAAACAUUAAACAUUAGCGUUCAACAUGAAGAGGUUGAAAUAGUCUCAGAGUCUAAAUUAAUGACCACUGAUAGUACUCCAGAGGAGUCUACUUCAAGAACAUACGAUUAUGAGAUUCCCACUACCUUUGAGGACUUGCUAGGAAUAAGCACUACUUCUUCUACAGUAGUCACCAGUGAUUUUACUGAGGAGCUUUAUUUAGAAACAGAGUUGGGACAGGAUACUACCGAAUAUCCAGUUAAGGCAGCAGGUGUUACAAUUCAACAUGAAGCUGAUGUUGUCUCAGAGUCUACAUCACCGACCAAUGAUAGAACUAUGGAAGAUUAUACUUCAAAAAAAUAUGAGCAUGAUAUUCCCACAACCUUGGAAGAUUCACCAGUGAUAAGCACUAAUACUCCUACGUUAACCAUCAGCGAAUUCACUGAAGAGCUUCAUUCAGAUCCAGAACCGGAAGUGGGACAGGAUGCUACUGAGGGUUUGGGUAAGAUGUUAAGUGUUACCACUCAACAUGAAGAGGUGGACAUUGUCUCUGAGUCUACAUUAAUGACCACUGAUAGAACUCCGGAAGAUUAUACUUCAAAAAAAUAUGAGCAUGGUAUUCCCACAACCUUGGAGGAUUCAUCAGGGAUAAGCACUAAUACUCCUACAGUAAUCAUCACUGAAUUCACUAAACAGCUUCAUUCAGAAUCAGAACCGGAGGUGGGACAGGAUACUACUACAUACGAUGUUACCAUUCAACAUGAAAAGGUGGAUGCCAUCUCAAAGUCUACAUUAAUGACCACUGAUAGAACUCCAGAAGAGUCUACUUCAGGAAAAUAUGAGUAUAUUAUUCCCACAUCCUUUGAGGACUCACUGGGGAUAAUCGGUAGUUCUGAACUCACAAAUGAGGCCACUGUGAAACAGGAUGUUACAGAGGGUCCUGUUGAAACAUCAUAUGUUACCAAUUCACAUGAAGAGUCUACUUUGACAAGUGCUGGAAAUCCAAAAGAUUUUACUUCAGGAAAAUAUGAAUAUGACAUUCCUACAGCUUCUGAGGACUCACUUGGGAUCAGUACCAACACCCCUACAGAAAUCACCAGUGAAUCUAUGGAAGAGGUUAUUUCUGUAACUAAACUGAACAUGGGGCAGGGUGUUACUGAAGGUCCUGUUAAAUCAAUAGAUUCUACAACUCCUGUAGGUUCCACCUCGAUCGAGACAGAUCUUCCCACGACCCUUGAGGACUCACCAGAAAUAAGUACUAACACUCCUGCGGUAGUCAGUAGAGAAUCCAUUGAAAACUUUAUUUCAGAAACUGAGGUUGAAGAUGGAUUGGGUUUUACCGAAAGUCCUGUUAAAUCAGCACUUGUUACCAUUGAGAAUGUUGAUGUUUUAGAAGCUACAGUGAUAUCCACUGGUAAAACUCUGGAAGAAUCUCCUACAGAAAUAUCUCCUGUUCAGAGUGUCUUACCAGAGGAAUCAAUGCAGACAGCUACUACAAAGCUGAAAGAGGUUUCACCUAAUCCCCCCACAGAAGGGUUGCCAAAGGCUAAGGCAGAUAAGGAUAUUGCUGAAAUCACACAUGUGACCACAGUGCCAGGAAUUCUGUCAGCCACUACACGUGUAAAUGCAUCACCUGAUGUUGUAUCAACAGAGGAUGGACCUGAAAACAUUGCAAUUGUUACAUUACUUGACAAAGAUGAGGAAUAUGCACCCUACACUAAACCUACACCAGAGGUGACCACAGGUGAAGAACUACCAGGUGCCAUGACAGAGAGUACUCAUGAAGUUUCAAAGGAAACACAUGAGUCUAUAGAUGACUCUCCUAAUGCCAAAGAGGAUCAUUUAGGUAAGGAAGAUGACAUUAUAACUGAGACCCCAGAAGUUGUUGAGGUGACAGCUGGAGAAACACCUAAAUUGACUCUGGAAACUACAGAAGCUACCGAAUCUGUGUUCACUGAGAAAGACGAACAUGAGGACAUAACUGCCACUUGGAAACCUGGUGAGAUGACAACAGAGGCAACAGAAGUUCCUGAGUUUGAUUUUGAAGACAUUGGCACAGACAAAGUAGCCAUUCUUGAAAACACACCUGAAGAUUUUGAUGGAGGAACAAGUGAAGCUACUGCUAAAUUAGAUGUUGGAACUAAACCUGUCAUCUUGGAGGAAUCACCUGAGGAAAGUCCUGAAGAAACUUCUACUAAGACCACAAGUCAGACCACAUCUGUAAUCACAUCCAAGGACACACUUGAUACUUCUUUGGACAUUAGUACCCCUGAAACUGACAUUGUAGAGUUUGUAACUGAAGGCAUGGAAGAUAAGGAAGACACAUCUAAAAAGGAAGAAGGAGGUGAGGAAACACUUCUCAAAGUUUCUGAAGGCCCAAUGCCAGAUCCUACUGUUACUGAGUUGGAAAAAGUUAUAAUGACAACUACUAUAAAAGAGGACAUACAUGAAGUUACAGAGCCAUUAAAAAUUCCAGAGGACACACCUAAAGUUGCAGUGGAAAUCACACAUGAAGUCACCAGAGGAGAUCCUUUAUCUGAGACACCUAAAGUUACAACAGAGACACCUAAGCUUAUUACAGAAUCUGAUGUCAUAACAGAGACAACUCACGUCAUAUCUCAAGCACCCGAAGUGGAGAAAAGUGGAUCUAUCUCGAAGACACCUGAGGUCGCAUCUCAAACGCCUUUGUCAAUAUCUGAAUUUUCAGACGUGCCCAAGACAGUACCUAAAACACCUGGCAUACAUGUGGUCCAACAGGAACCCGCAGAAGAUGAUAUCCCAACUCCUAUUUUGAAAGUGGAGGAUAUCACGGUUGUACUAAAUGACUUGUCAACUACUAUUCAAAAGACUUUUUCCACCACAUUACAAAACUUGCCACAGGACAUUUCUAAUGAUAUUUUAGAUGAAAACAACAUGAUUGGAAAUGAAAUUGAUGACAUUAUGGUCCGACCAGUACGUCCUGUUGGCGAUCAUAUUGUGGAGCUGAGUAUUAAGAUAAGAGGUGAAACCUAUGAUGAUGCUCUGAGAGAUCCAUCAAGUUACUACUAUCAACAUCUAUCCAAACUGUUCGUCGAUAAGAUUGAAGAGGUUUUUAAAAGGCUCCCAGGUUUCAAGACCAUAUCCGUCCUUGAAUUCAGGCCACAGAAGGACAUUGAAGGAGGCCUGGCAGUGGUGGUGCACUACGCUGUGGUUCUUGAGGGCGACGGGACAGGAAUAAGUAAUGAGACCAUAGAUUACAUAAACCUACAUUCAAACAUGGUUGAGAACUCCUUCACCGAUCCUGAUGAGCUACCUACCGUGGUCUACACCAUCACUGACUUCCGAAACUACAUCACCGAAGCCCUCCACAAGGAGAAUUUCAUCAAAAACACCACUCUGGAAGUAGACCCUGAAUCUUUGCAACUGGAAAAUGUGGAGACAUUGCUGCCUUCCAAACCAACCAGCAGACCGCUUGACUCCAGUGACAUGAUGGACAAUGUUCUUGCCUCUGAGAAACCACCAGAUGUACCCAGGCAGGAAUUAUCCAACAAUGACAUCUUCUUUGAUGACUUCCAUGACCAAGUUCACACGACAGAUCCCUGGAAGGACGUAUGGAGUGAGGACAUAAAUGCAAAUGAUGUAAUCAUCUUUGAGGAAAGUCCCACUCUGUCUCCUGCAGAUGUGUCUUUGAAGAACUUUGACUUUGAGCUUACCUCUAAAUUUGAGACUUCAAGCAGUGCACCUGCUCCUGGUACAGAGAACGAUGGUAUUCUUGAAGAGGAGGGCUUCUUACAGACUGCAACUACAGUCAGUCCUAUCACAGGUGCAAUAACAGAAGUUGCCUUACAUGCGGAAUCACCUCACAAGUUGGAAGAAACCCCAGUUUCUCCCAUGGAUCCUCCUGAUGUUGAGUUGACUACUCAGAGUGACUUGAUAGACUUGGGUUCAGGCUCAGGUUUCUCUGGGGAUCAUCUAGGUCCUGACAUUUGGCCUUGGGAGUCAGAGGAAGUCUUGAGGGAAGAUGCUAAGGAUGAGGUACACCAACGGCAUGAAGAUCAGGAAUCUAUAGUGGAACAGUUCGAGCCUCCCCAACAAGAUGUGACACCCAAGGAGCCAUUCUUGGACAGGGUUCUUGUGACACAAGAUAUUCGUACUAAUCCUCACUACACAACAACUGACCAAGCUCCAGUUUUCUGGACUAUGGAGACUUUGACUGUCGAGCUUUCUAUGCAGACCCAAGUAGCCCCUGAACAAUAUGAUGACUAUUUUCCAGAUGAAUCUACCACUGUGGCUACACACGUGACCAGUCGACCCUUGCUACAUGUCUACACUUCAGCAGAAACUCAAAAUGUGGAUGCAUCACAAAGUCCUGAUACAAUCAGUUCACCUGCUGAUAAGGACUAUGCAGAAAGUUUUGUUACACCCACUGUGAUCCCACCAAGCACAGCAGUAGCCAUGAAUGUGCAUACUCCUUCAACAGAAAACAAGCAGAGUCAGGAAACACUGGCCUACACAGCAAAGUCAAAUGAAAUGCCUUCAACUACGCAAUCACCUGCAAUCCUAGAAACUGAUAUGGUUUCAGUGGAAGGUCCUACUGCUUAUUCAGAAGCUGUUGAGCAUCCUAUAACCGAAGGUAUCACAGAGUUACCUGCACUCUUAUGGCCAGAGGUAAAAGAUUCAGAUGAAGAAGUCAAGAUUCUAGAUGAGAAUAUGGAAGGCAGCAAGCUUAUGCCUACGGAAAGCCCACUGACUGAACUCUCAGAAGAGGAUUUAGCUGGGGAUGAGAUCUUGGUCGCAACAACAGCUCCAACAACAGUAGCUACUGAGGAACCAAAAGUAGAAGAUCAUUCAGCUUCCUUGUCUCCUGAGAAGGACUCUCCGUUCACACGGAUAUCACAUUUGUCAAUAGAUGAGGAGGAGCAUUUACCAGAAUCAACCACAGAAUCUCUAACUACCCAUUCAUCUACUCAUUCGGUUCUUCAAGAGACGACUCCAGAGACUUCAACUGAUGUGAUACACACUUACAUUGCAACUGUAGCAGAGGACCCUAUUUUAUCAGAGAAUGCUGAAGAUAAAGACCCAACCAUAAUAGUUCAGUCCACCACAAUCAGUCAUCCAGAUGUUUCAGAACAUUUGGAGACCCUUAGUUCCACCACUGUACCAUUAUUGUAUCAGCCAACGUUGAAAACUACCAACCAGAUAACUUCCAAUGACAUAGACGUGCAAGAGAACACAGUAGAGUCAAGCCCUGACAUCACAGGGCUCACCCUACCUACCAAACCAGUGAACUCUGACAGUACUACUAUGAAAGUUCCUGUUCCAGUAAACCCCAACAUAACAGAGUUUGAUGUUUCAUUUGACAUAUUCCCAUUUGAUGGGCCAAGCCAUGAUGGAGACGACGGUAGUGGAUUUGCUCAUGGGACUGACUUGGCAAGUAUUGCCUUGCCAGCAAGCCCUGGAAGGGCUUUAAUAGUGUUUUUCAGCCUCAGGGUCACCAACAUGAUGUUUUCCGAAGAUCUGUUCAACAAGAGCUCUACUGAAUACAAGGCCCUUGAGCAGCAAUUUAUGGAGCUGCUCGUACCAUAUCUACAAUCCAACCUCAGCAAUUUCCAGAAUUUAGAGAUUUUGAACUUCAGGAAUGGCAGCAUUGUGGUAAACAGCAGGAUGAAGUUUGGCAAGCCAGUUCCCAAUGGUGUGACAACAGCAGUGUACCUCAUCCUAGAAGACUUCUGCAAUACUGCCUACCAAACUAUGAAUCUUGCAAUAGACAAGUAUUCAUUGGAUGUAGAAUCAGGUGACAAGGCUGAUCCAUGUAAGUUCCAAGCAUGUAAUGAGUUCUCUAAGUGUUUAGUCAACCGCUGGUCAGGCGAGGCAGAGUGCGUUUGUAACGCUGGCUAUUUUAGUGUGGACGGGCUGCCAUGUCAGAGUAUCUGUGACAUACAGGAAGACUUCUGCCAGAAUGAUGGGAAAUGCGACAUCAUACCUGGCAAAGGUGCCAUUUGCAGGUGUCGAGUUGGUGAAAACUGGUGGUAUCGAGGCGAGCACUGUGAGGAGUAUGUGUCAGAACCACUGGUGGUUGGCAUCGCCAUCGCCUCAGUCGCGGGGUUCCUCCUUGUGGCGUCGGGCGUGAUCUUUUUCCUUGCCAGAACUUUGCGAGACCAGUAUGACACUGAUGAUUCAGAAGACCCUUUACGAUAUUCAGAGAAUGUGCCAUCUCUAGAAAGAGCCACUAAGUACAAUCCCAUGUUUGAAAGUGAAGCAACUACAGGCUAUAACCAGUACUACCGCCGUUACCCAGAUGCCCCUGCGUACAGCACCGGCAGCGCUGAGGCCUCCACGGACUUCAGCAGCGAGGAAAUACGACACAUUUAUGAGAACAGUGAACUUACAAAAGAGGAAAUCCAGGACCGUAUUCGAAUUAUCGAACUGUAUGCCAAGGACCGCCAGUUUGCAGAUUUUGUCCGACAACACCAAGUGGUGCUUGAUGCCAGACGAGAGAGCUCUUCCAAUUAGAGUUGCAAACUGCUAAACCCAAGACACUUGCCUUUUUUCUUGAAUACAAGAAGAGGUCCUCUUCUGCCAUGGUGGACUUUGCAGGGAGAUAGUUUGUGAAGAUGUAAAUGGACUUUUGAUUUUAUUCGUUUAUGAAUGAGUGUGCAACCAUCACAAUGAUGGAUUGCCAGAUUGUGAUCUAAUAUAGAAAAAUGAUGUAUUUGUGAUUAUGUUUACUGUUUCUACCGAUGGGCUGAUUUAUUACUGCAUUGUCAAGGCCAUAAACACUUGUUGGUGACACAACUAUACGUCCAGGCUUCAUGUUGGUUCCUCUCUUUUGUAAUGGAAAGCCUGUGUUUCUUUCUUAUGGUUUUUCAUUUGUCAGUGCCUUUAUUUUGUUUGUUAGUCUUCGUUUUUAUUUGCGACUUGGGACAUAAUUUCUUGUGUCCUAAAACACGGACUGACUGAAGAGAGAACGUUUCGCAAUAGUUAUACUAUUUUAGUGAAUACAGAGAAGAGUAGUUCCAUAUUUAUAUUUGCAACUUUGCGAGAAAACAGCUUAUUGAAUAAGAAUUUAUUAUAAAAAAUUUGAUUUUAACUUUCCAAUCUUUCUUUUAGUAAUGUGUUUUGUGUUUAGUGACUCGCCUGCAGUUCAUUUUUCUACUUUUGUAAAACACUUGCCACACACACAAGUGUAUUAAAGAUAUUUAAUCUAAAUGUUAAUGUCCAUUAUCACAACAGAUUGUUCUAUGUUUAUUUUUAAUAUUGUUGAUUUCCACAAUGGUCACAGAACCAGU